AUGAGGCUUUCCUCCGUACUGGCGCUGGCCUUUUUGGGCAACGCGCUAUCUUUGGGAACCAGUCACUCACCGUCGCGUCUUCAUAUUCAGAUGCCAAAUGAUCCAGCAAAGCGAGCAUUACUGCAGAAUAUAGUAACGUGGGAUCAACACUCACUAUUCAUAAAUGGAGAGCGAAUCAUGUUUUUCAGUGGAGAAGUCCAUCCGUUCAGAUUGCCAGUAGCCUCACUUUACUUGGAUGUCUUUCAGAAGAUUAAGGCCAUGGGAUUCAAUUGUGUGAGCUUCUACACAAUGUGGGCUUUGCUUGAACCUAAGCAGGGAGAGUUCAGAGCCGAGGGCGUGUUUGAUUUGGUGCCGUUUUUUGAAGCUGCUUCUGAGGCUGGCCUUUAUCUUCUGGCUGUCCGUGUAAUCACAUGAAGAAUACUGUUGCAUUUGCUGACUUCUUCACAGAGACCGGGGCCUUAUAUCAAUGCAGAGGUUACUGGGGGUGGAUAUCCAGGUUGGUUGCAACGAAUUACUGGAAGGUUACGAACCUCCGACGCAGAUUACCUUGCAGCCACAGACAAGUAAAACACUCAUUUGAUAAGGAAAAGUGCUACAGAACUAACAUCUUGUGAAGUUAUAUGGCACAUAUCGGUAAGAUAAUUGCGAAGUAUCAGAUUACUGAAGGUGGACCCAUUAUUUUGUGGCAGCCCGAAAAUGAAUAUAGUCGAUCUGGCUACAUCACACCUUUUCCUCAAAAAGAUUAUAUGCAAUAUGUAGAAGACCAAGCUAGGAAUGCCGGAAUAGUGGUUCCUUUCAUCUCCAAUGAUGUGAAUCCUCUGGGCUACUUUGCCCCAGGAACUGGACUGGGUGAGGUCGACAUUUAUGUGAGUGGUUCAGAUGAGCUCAUAAAAUAAAGCUAUCUACUGAUAUUCACAGGGCUACGAUGGAUACCCUCUAAGGUUUGACUGUGUAGGUUCAUUCCUCAAUACUAUGGUAAAUAACCCCUGAUUAAUCUUCUAGUCAAAUCCAUCAGUGUGGCCAGCGAACUUCCUACCAACAACUUGGCGAUUAUUGCACUUGAAGCAGUCACCGAACACCCCUAACGCGGUUGUUGAAGUGAGUUAUCCAGCAAAACCCUUUGAGAAUGAAAACUAAAUCUGUGAAAGUUUCAAGCUGGUUCUUUCGAUCCGUGGGGUGGGCCUGGAUUCGAGAAGUGCACGCAGCUCUUAGGAUAUGAGUUUGAACGGGUUUUCUACAAGAAUCUGUACUCUGCUGGAACUACCUUUCUGAAUCUUGUAAGCCGAGUUGUACCCGUCGAAAUCCGGAGAAGACGGAUCAAUCUGAGUAGCGAGCUAACCAUGAUUUCUUAUAGUAUAUGGUACAUUCCCCUCGACGAGCGUGAACGAGGAGACACUUGAGAUUACACCACUGAAAACGUCUUUAGAUAUUUGGAGGAACUAACUGGGGAGGUAUCAGUUACCCAGAGGGCUACACAUCAUACGACUAUGGCGCCGCCAUCGAGGAAGAUGGGCGUGCCUUAAACAGAGAAAAGUAUAGCGAACUAAAACUUCAAGCUCAAAUGUUGAAAGUGUCACCUGGGUAUAUCACUGCUACACCCACAGUGAAUUACACGAAUCUUGUAUAUAGCACCACCAAAGAAAUCGCUAUAACUCCACUUUUCGCCUCAAACGGUACCUAUGGAAAUUUCUACGUCGUAAGACACCUGGACUAUGCUUCUCAGGCAUCAACAAACUAUACUAUAAAAUUAUCGACAUCAGUGGGAUCACUCACUGUUCCUCAAAUGGGUGGUUCCUUGACGCUGAAUGGUCGGGAUUCAAAAAUACACGUCAGCGAUUAUUUUGCUGGGAUUAAUGUGCUUUACUCUACUGCUGAAAUCUUCACUUGGAAACAGUUUGACAACAAGGCAGUGUUGAUAGUAUACGGCGAUAACGGAGAAUUACAUGAGAUGGCCUUUAAUACUACGUCGGAACCAGUGGUAGUUGAGGGCGAGGGGGUUGAGGCUCAGUUGAUCGGCGGAAACUGGGUUGUCCAAUGCGUUGCUGACUCAACACGAAAAAUGAUCCAAAUGGGAACGCUCACAGUUUACAUGCUGGGUAAGUUCGCAAGUUCUCACUUUCAAUAGGGUUACUAAUUUGAACAGACCGAAACUCUGCAUAUGAUUAUUGGGUCCCGGAUAUUGGCCCGGCGUAUGGUACCUCGUACCUUAAUCCAGAAUCAGUAAUUAUUAAAGCAGGAUAUCUUGUCAGAAAUGCGUCAAUAUCAGAAGGCUGUCUUUACAUCUCUGCAGAUUUCAACACUUCUACAUCAGUAGAAGUGAUUGGCGCACCUUCAAGAAUUUCAAAGCUCUUCAUUAACGGGGAAGAACAAAGUUACCCGAAAACGGAGAUAACCCUGCCGGCGCUCGACUUAGCUCUUCCAGACCUUUCGGGGCUUGGCUGGAGUUAUGUUGAUUCGUUACCUGAAACCAAAGACGGUUACGAUGAUAGCCUUUGGGUUAUUGCCGAUCAUGCUACUACCCCAAACCCUGCUGGAACGCCUCUUUUGACACCUGUAUCGCUCUACGGGAGUGAUUAUGGUUUCCAUGUGGGUGCUCUAGUCUACCGCGGUUCUUUCACCUCAACUGGUCAAGAGAGCUCUCUCUAUAUCUCGACUCGUGGUGCUUGGGCAUUCGCAUCGUCUGUCUUUCUCAACGGUACUCUCAUUGGUUCUUUCCCGGGCGAAAUGGAGAGCGAAUGGAGUAACGUAACCUAUAGCAUACCAACACUCACAUCAGGAAGUACUUAUAUCCUCACCGUCGUUGUAGACAACAUGGGCCUUGAGGAAGAUACUCCCGGCGCCGAUGACAUGAAAUCCCCACGUGGCAUUAUUGACUACAGUCUCACCUGCCCCAAUAGUACUGCCACAACUAUAUCAUGGAAACUCACGGGAAACCUGGGUGGCGAAGAUUACAUCGACCAAGCUCGUGGACCCCUUAGCGAAGGAGGAUUCUUUGCUGAACGUCAAGGCUACACUGCUCCAGAGCCACCUCUUGAUGUCUUUACACCAGGCAGUCCCUACACCGGCUUCGAAGGAGCAGGAGUAGUCUACUACACCGCGAACUUUUCUCUUGCUCUUCCAAGCGAGGCAUGGGAUAUCCCGCUCUCUUUUGUCUUUCCGAAUACCACAGACGCGAUAGGAUAUCGUGCCCUUUUGUAUGUUAACGGCUGGCAAUUCGGUAGAUAUGUAGCCAAUAUUGGACCACAAACACGAUUUCCAGUUCCGGAGGGGAUUUUGAAUUAUAAAGGUACUAAUUGGGUUGGUUUGGUGUUGUGGGCGUAUGGAGAAGAGGGUGCAAAGGUUGAAGGGUUUACGCUGGAGGCUGGGAUGCCGGUCUUGUCGGGAAGGUCACCUGUUGUACUUGUAGAUUGUCCUAAGUGGUGUGUGAGGGAUGGGGCUUACUAA